UCCGCACCCAGCCUUCACACAGACAGCAUUGACUGAACGGACAGAGAGCUUUGUGCCGAAAACUAAGCUCAACCUGAGUCAGACUAAUGAAUUAAAACGGCCUAUUUAAGAGAGGCCAGUAGAAGACCGUGUGGACCAUACAUCAGGAAGCAUGGAGUUCCCGCAACAGCAGAAACCGGCGGGGGAUGGAAAGAUCGUCUAUCCUCCCGGAGUAAAAGAGAUUACCGACAAGAUCAGCAACGACGAGGUUGUCAAACGAUUGAAGAUGGUGGUGAAGACCUAUAUGGACAUGGAUCAAGACUCUGAAGAGGAGAAGCAGCAGUAUCUCGGCCUGGCGCUCCACCUUGCCUCAGAAUUCUUCCUAAGGAACCCCAAUAAAGAUGUACGGUUACUGGUGGCCUGCUGUCUAGCUGACAUCUUUAGGAUCUACGCUCCUGAGGCCCCUUACACCUCCCAUGACAAACUCAAGGACAUUUUUCUGUUCAUCACCAGACAGUUAAAGGGACUGGAAGACACCAAGAGUCCUCAGUUCAACCGAUAUUUCUACCUGUUGGAGAAUCUUGCUUGGGUGAAGUCGUACAAUAUCUGCUUUGAACUGGAGGACUGCAAUGAGAUCUUCAUCCAGCUCUUCAAAACACUUUUCUCCGUCAUCAAUAACAGCCAUAACCAGAAGGUGCAGAUGCACAUGAUGGACCUGAUGAGUUCUAUCAUCCUGGAGGGAGACGGAGUCACACAGGAGCUGUUGGACACGAUCCUAAUCAACCUCAUCCCUGCACACAAGAACCUGAAUAAACAGGCAUAUGAUCUUGCGAAGACACUGCUGAAGAGGACUGUCCAGACUAUUGAGACAUGCAUUGCAAAUUUCUUCAAUCAGGUUUUAGUGAUGGGAAAGUCAUCAGUCAGUGAUCUCUCAGAGCACGUCUUUGACCUCAUCCAGGAACUUUUUGCCAUCGACCCCUUGCUGCUGACUUCUGUCAUGCCACAGCUGGAGUUCAAGCUUAAGAGCAACGAUGGUGAGGAGCGUCUUGCUGUUGUACGGCUGCUAGCGAAGCUGUUUGGGGCCAAAGACUCGGAGCUGGCCUCACAGAACAGACCGCUAUGGCAGUGCUUCCUGGGACGGUUUAACGACAUCCACGUACCAGUCAGGCUAGAGUGUGUAAAGUUUGCAAGCCACUGCCUCAUGAACCACCCAGACCUGGCAAAAGACCUGACAGAAUAUUUAAAAGUGCGUUCCCACGACCCAGAGGAAGCCAUCCGUCAUGACGUCAUUGUCACCAUCAUCAACGCUGGAAAGAAAGACCUGAACUUGGUCAAUGACCAGCUGCUGGGCUUUGUACGGGAAAGGACUCUGGACAAGAGGUGGCGUGUGCGUAAGGAGGCCAUGAUGGGUCUGGCUCAGCUCUAUAAGAAGUACUGUCUGCACCAUGAGGCAGGAAAGGAGUCGGCCCUGAAGAUCAGCUGGAUCAAAGACAAGCUGCUGCACAUCUACUAUCAGAACAGCAUUGAUGACAAGUUAUUAGUAGAGAAGAUUUUUGCUCAGUACAUGGUCCCUCACAAUCUUGAUACAGAGGAGAAGAUGAAAUGCCUGUACUACCUUUAUGCCUGCCUGGACACGAACGCUGUCAAGGCCUUGAAUGAGAUGUGGAAAUGUCAGAACAUGCUCAGAGGUCUCGUCAAAGAGCUGCUCGAUCUCCACAAGCUGCCAGUGUCCGAGGCCAAUAACACAGCCAUGUUUGGGAAGCUUAUGAGUAUUGCCAAGAAUCUGCCAGAUGCUGGAAAGGCCCAGGACUUCAUGAAGAAAUUCAACCAGGUUCUCGGUGAGGACGAGAAGCUCAGAGUCCAGCUGGAGAUGCUCAUCAGUCCAACCUGCUCCUGCAAGCAGGCUGAGAUUUGUGUGAGGGAGAUCACACGGAAAUUGACAUUCCCGAAACAGCCAACCAAUCCCUUCCUGGAGAUGGUAAAGUUCCUGCUGGAGCGGAUCGCCCCUGUUCACAUCGACUCUGAGGCCAUCAGUGCUUUAGUAAAACUGCUAAACAAGUCCAUUGAAGGCACAGCUGAUGAUGAUGAGGAAGGUGUUACCCCCGAUACAGCCAUCCGCUCUGGACUGGAGCUGCUAAAGGUGUUGUCAUUCACACACCCCACAGCGUUCCACUCAGCCGAAACGUACGAGUCUCUGCUCCAGUGUCUGAAGAUGGAGGAUGACAAAGUGGCGGAGGCAGCCAUCCAGAUUUUCAGAAACACUGGGCAGAAGAUAGAAACAGAGUUACAACAGAUACGAUCGACGCUGAUUCCCAUCCUGCAUCAGAAAGCCAAACGGGGCACACCUCAUCAGGCCAAACAGGCUGUGCACUGUAUUCAUGCUAUCUUUAACAACAAGGAAGUACAGUUGGCACAGAUAUUUGAGCCUCUGUCACGUAGUCUCAACGCAGAUGUCCCAGAGCAGCUCAUCACUCCACUUGUGUCCCUGGGGCAUAUAUCCAUGCUGGCCCCAGAUCAGUUUGCCUCACCAAUGAAAUCCAUUGUGGCUAAUUUCAUUGUAAAAGACUUGCUCAUGAAUGACAGGUCGGUCGGGAACAAGAAUGGAAAGCUGUGGACCACUGAUGAAGAAGUCUCACCUGAGGUUCUAGCAAAGGUCCAGGCCAUCAAGCUGCUGGUGCGUUGGUUACUAGGAAUGAAGAACAAUCAGUCCAAGUCGGCAAACUCCACGCUACGCCUGCUGUCAGCCAUGCUGGUCAGCGAGGGAGAUCUCACAGAGCAGAAGAAGAUCAGUAAAUCAGACAUGUCUCGCCUGAGGCUGGCUGCAGGUGGAGCCAUCAUGAAGCUGGCACAAGAGCCAUGUUACCAUGACAUCAUCACACCUGAGCAGUUUCAGCUCUGUGGCCUCGUUAUCAAUGAUGAGUGCUACCAGGUUCGUCAAAUUUUUGCACAGAAGUUGCACUUGGCUCUCGUCAAACUGCUGCUGCCCCUGGAGUACCUGGCUGUAUUCGCUCUGUGUGCUAAAGAUCCAGUGAAGGAGCGCCGCGCUCACGCCCGACAGUGCCUCCUCAAAAACAUCUCCGUCCGUAGAGAGUACAUCAAACAAAACCCUCUCGCUCAGGAAAAACUUGUCUCUCUUCUUCCUGAGUAUGUUGUUCCCUAUAUGAUCCACCUGCUGGCCCACGAUCCAGACUUCACAAAACCACAUGAAUACGAACAGCUCAAAGACAUCAAAGAGUGCCUGUGGUUCAUGUUAGAAGUGCUGAUGACCAAGAAUGAGAACAACAGUCAUGCCUUUCUUAGGAAGAUGGUUGAGAACAUUAAACAAACGAAGGAUGCUCAGUGCCCUGAUGAUGUAAAGGCCAAUGAGAAACUGUAUGUCGUCUGUGACGUUGCUCUAUUUGUGAUCGCCAACAAAAGCACCGCAUGUCACCUGGAUAGCCCCAAAGAGCCUGUGCUACCCUCCAAGUUCUUUCUCGUACAAGACAAGGACUUCAAAAACGAUAAAGAAUACUUGACGGCAGAGAUGAGACAAAUGCUGCUUACUGGGAAGCCUAAACCAGCUCCAGUGUUGGCAACGGUCAACAAACCUCUCACAGUACCAGGGCGGAGGAUCUUCACCAAGACCACCACAGCUUCAGAUACAACCAGUAAUACCAGCACUAACUCCUCUCCUCUGAGCUCAACGAUGAACAAGAACAGUAACAACACCGCUACCACCGAGUCAUCAGAGAGCCGGGCGCAAGAAAACAACGAGAACCCGGUCAUCAAAAACGACGAGGUGAAGAAGGAUGAGCCCAGUCAGAAAGCAGCUCCUGAAACCAGGACAGAAGCAUCGCCUGUCAAGCGACGCGGACGCCCUCCUAAAUCGGCUGCUGCUGCUCCCGCGGCAACUGAAAAAGAGGUAGCAGCGCCGGCGGCAGGAGGUGGCAGAGGCAGGAAGAGAGUGGCCGACUCCAACCCAUCAGCAGAGUCGAUCAACAUCAAGAUGUCAAAACAGCAGCAGCAGAACGAUGAAGGGACAAAGAGACAGAUUGACCUGCAGAGGUGGUCGUUUGUGAGCAAAUGGAAUAAAAAAAAGGGAGAAAGGGAGCCUGGCGAGGAAACAGGGCGAGUUGUAGGGAAAGUUGUCUUCUUCCUAAACAGUGAGGGCCACGCUGAGGUAGAGUUGGAGUCCAGCACAGAGAGACAGAUGCCUCCUUACACAGCGACAGCCAGCUCUGCAGCAAGAUCAACCCCAUAAAACCAAGGAGAAGUCACUUCUGCAAGGAGAAGAGUUUCCUCUGGUAAAGAUGAGACGUUAAAGGCAGACUGUAGACCAUGGGCCAGAAUCUUCUUCGCACCUCCCCAACCCUCCGUACAUGCUCCUCUUGACUAUAAAAGAUUUUCUGGACAUAUUAUGGACCUUUUUAAAACAAACGCUGAAUAUACAAACACACACAUACACACACACUUGCUGACUUCCUAGAAGGUUUUAAACACCUUGUAGUCAUAAAUUGAAGCUCGCUGUAUGUAGGUCUUACACAGAAACAUAUUUUUUCCUUUGUGUUUGUUGCUCUUUGCUUCUUUUAUGGAGCCAUUUUUAAGAAAAAAAGAAUUACAGGAUGGACAUUUUACAAACGUUUUAAUCUGGUUACGAUUGUUGCCUAUUAAAUUCCCUGGGAUCUUUCCCACCCUGUUGACUCUUGACUUCUUCUUCGUGUCUGUGUUGCAGAAUAUUUAGAUUUUCAAGCUAACCACUUUUACAAUACUUUGUAAAUAUGUGUGUGCAACAGCUGAUUGCAGAUUACAAAAAUAUGGGAACAUCAAUGCUUUCAACAGAUUUUAUAAACUUUGUUUAGGUGCUCGAUUAUAGCACCACAAUUCCAGGCCCUUUGCCAGGCUCCUGGCACAGCCUUUUAUUUCCCAUGUGUUUAUGGAAAAAGUUAGAAGUCAGAAGACUUCUCUAAGCUCUGUUUGCUACCAUGCAGGUUGUCUUAACAGGUUUUUUUAUGUCAAAAGUAUGCCUAUUCUCAUUUAUUUUAUUUUAUUUUUAAUAAAUGCUUUUUAGAUGUUAAUGUGCAGUGAAUUUGUCUUGAAGUGCAGUUUUCAGAAACACAAACUGCUUGUUUUUCCACUUUUUUUAAUCAAAGAAACAUGACACUGUCACAAUAAAUAACCAUGCUUUUUGUACUGCUGAUGCUUGCUUCCAGGAAAGAAGAUCUCAAUCCAAAUGGAGAAACCGGCGCAACAGUCUCCAACCCCCGUUU